CCUUCAAUUAAAAGAAACGACACAUGACAUCAAGCAUCCAGCCACAGCUGUUCUGGGAUAACUAACACCCCCAGCCCCAGGAAGGAGGAGGGCAGAGGGGCUGCAGUACGGUCACUAGGUCACUGCCUGUGUACAGGACAGCAGGAUGAGGCAGUGGUUUGCAAACAAGCACGCUUGGGGUCCUGCUGCCUAUUUGACUGUUGCUCACGGAACCUCAAGUUACACGCUCAAUGCAGUUUGCUAAACAAAUUCCUCCGCGUUCUUUCCAUCUCUCUGGGUUCUAUUUAAACCCAUUUCCCAGAAACUGUUGAGACUGCAUCCCCUGCCCCCGCUCGCUCUCCUGCGUUUUAAUGCUUUCAUGAAAUAUUUCCCCCCUCAAAUAGGGAGAUUAUGAUUCCUGGGCUGCUGCUGUGCGUGAGCUUUGGUUACGCAGCAGCCCUCAAGCCCACCUGCCUCUCAGCUCAGUUUAGGAGGCCUGGUGACUUCGUCAUUGGAGGCUUGUUCCCUUUUGGGAUGGACACCAUCAACCUGACAGCGCGAUCAGAGCCCACGUUAAUUGUGUGUGAAAGGUUAUUUGUAGAUGGGCUGAUAUGGGCCCUUGGGAUGAAGUUCGCUAUUGAUGAGAUCAACAACUCCACGUCACUUCUACCAGGAGUGGAGCUGGGCUAUGACAUCUAUGACACCUGCUUCGAGCCGCUGGCAGCCCUACAGCCCAGCUUGCUAUUUGUGACCCGAAAUGGCACGACGGGCAUUGGCGUAGCGUGCAACUACACCGACUACCAGCCUCGCGUCGCUGCUGUGAUCGGACCGCACAAGUCAGACCUCUGCCUGUUGACAGCCCAACUAUUCAGCUUCUUCCUGAUUCCACAGGUCAGCUAUGGGGCCAGCAGUGAGAAGCUCAGCAACAAGGAGCUGUACCCAUCCUUCUACCGAACUGUUCCCAGCGACAAGAACUUGGUGGAAGCUGUGGUCCUGCUGCUGAAUGAGUUUGGAUGGAACUGGAUUGCCACCAUUGGAAGCGAUGAUGAAUACGGCCGAGGAGCCCAGGAGCUCUUCUUAAGCACAAUUGGAAAUGGUAGCAUCUGCAUUGCUUACGAGGGCCUAAUUCCUUCAGACCUCACAGACCCCAAGGCCAAGAAACAAAUGGAAGAGACCAUUGAGUACAUUAACAAGACCAACGUCAACAUUAUUGUCCUUUUCGCCUUUCGGCAGCCAGCCCAGGCCCUGCUGGAACAGAGCAUCAAGAUGGGACUAAGCAAGAAGGUCUGGAUUGGCACUGAACCCUGGUUGCUGUCUGACAUAACCACCUCCAUCCCGAACAUUCAGAACAUUGGGACGGUCUUAGGCUUUAUUCUAAAAGCAAGCACAGUCCCCGGCUUCCAGAAAUACAUUGCCAACCUCCUCAGCUCUGUCCAGCAAGAUGAAUUUUGCCAAGAGUCCAGAGAAUUCUACCGCCGCGUGAGCUCCGACGUGCUGGGCACACAAUGCAAACAGUGCGACCACAUCUCUUUCCAAGACAUCUCCUCCAUCCUAAGCCACUCCCAAAUACAACCGGUGUACAUCGCAGUCUACAGCGUGGCUUAUGCACUGCACAGAGCACUGGGGUGCACCCACCAAGGGUGUCCCAAAGCAUCUAUCAGAUCCCAGCAGCUGCUGCACUUCAUGAAUACCGUCCCGUUCACGGUGAACGGCCAAAGUUUCAGGUUUGACGAAUCCCAUGGCACAAACACUGGCUACAAGCUCAUUUUCUGGCACUGGGAAAAUGGCAGCCUCACACAUCUGCUUGUGGGAGACUAUCAAGAGUCCCUGAACCUCAAUAAGUCCCUGAUUCAAUUUCACACUGCAGAUCAAAAGGAGCCCACAUCAGAAUGCUUCAGAGAGUGUGAACCAGGACAAAUCAGACAAAUCAAAGGAUUCCACCUCUGCUGCUAUGACUGCACGGACUGCCCAGAAAACACCUACUGCAGCUCUAAAGACAGCUCCACCUGCACUCCCUGCCUGGAGCACCAGUGGUCCCCUGCCCGGAGCACGCAGUGCUACGACCGCGGCGAGAGGUACCUCCUUUGGAACGAGCCACUCACGGUUGGCUUGCUGAUAUCCAUGUCCAUCAUCACAACCCUGAUCUGUCUGACAGCGGUGCUCUUUUUUAAGAACCUCGACACCCCCCUCGUGCAGGCUUCUGGUGGCAACCUGAACCUCUUGGCCUUGUUUGCGCUCACGCUGAUGUGCCUCAGCUCCUGUCUCUUCGUAGGGAAGCCCAGUAACAACCUCUGCGUGAUGCAGCAGAUUGUCUACGCCCUGUGCCUCAACGCGUGCCUCUCCACCUUCUUCACCAAGUCCCUGGAGAUCGUCCUGCUGACGGAGUUCCCCCGCUGUGCCCGCUCUGCCCUGCGCUGGGUGAGGCCGAGCAGGGCCUGGCUCCUCGUCGCCCUGUGCCUCCUCACCGAGUGCCUCUUCUGUUUCUGCUACCUGCACCUGGGCCCCGACUACGUGCUGCCUGACUACAGCUCGCUGCCCACAGAGGUUCUGCUCACGUGUAGCACCGCGUCCUGGCUUGCCUUCGCCUUGAUGCACGGCUACAAUGGGUGCUUGGCCUUCGUCUGCUUCCUGUGCACGUUCAUGGUACAGACCUCCGGGAAGAAGUACAACAUCGCCAGGGGGAUCACAUUUGCCAUCCUCAUCUACUUCAUCGUCUGGAUCUUCUUUGUUGCCAUUUUUGCCACUCUGAGGACAGUCUUCAGGUCUGUGAUUCAGAUCGGUACCAUUCUGAUGGUCAGUCUGGGUAUUGUGGGGACCUACUACAUCCCCAAGUGCUACAUCCUCUUGCUGAAGCCUGAUUUGAACAGAGAGGAUUAUUUCCAGUACUCCACCCAAGAGGAGCCAGAGGGAGACCCUCAAUAAACAGGCAACAAACCAGACCCACCGUAGCCCCAUUAGAAGCUGGCUGUAUUUUAGCAAGAUGACUCUGUUCAGGAUGACUCUAUACGCUAUGGUACAGACUCGAUCACCAAUUUAAUGUAACUGGUGUGAAACAAAAAGCUAAACCUUCCAAAGCCAAUGUUUGAACUUGUGUUGAGCAACGUUUUACAUGGGAAGAAAAAAAUCUUCAGGAGUUUUCUUGAUUUUGACACAAAAUCUACAGAAACCAUUCUGAGGUUUAAGGGCAGCUGUAUGCGUGACAUCAGAAGUGUACAACCCAUUCAAAUACCAAUUCACUCAUUUGUAUUUCAUUAACAUGUGUUGGCAAAAAACAUGGAAAUGAGGACAGGAAGCAAAGUGCAAAUCACACUAUCCACAACCACUGCGAGAAGUCUCUCCUAUCUCAAAAAACAUGCAAAGAUCAAUGGGGAGGAAUGCUUCUUACCCAGAGGGACAUUCAGCAAAGGGGACAGAAUGAGUCAAACACUGUAAGUACCAGCAAACAUCCCUAACCUCUGCAGCAUGCCUGCUGUUCACUGCACAGGAGGAAAAUUCCCAUCUCCAGGAAGGGGAGUGCUUUGCUCCACUCAAUAUCAAAGUUACCAAAUGGGUAACAGCGAUGGUUUCGGAAGGGAUGACAGAUCCUCAUAAAGGAAAAACACAGACUAACCCUCACUAAAGCUGCUUGCUAACUAUCCCCAGUCGAUAUCUAGCUAACAUUAUGAACUUUAUACAUCAGUUACUGAGUAAAUGAUCAUCCUUGAAA